AUGGCCGCCGUUCAGCAAGCAGGUGCUAUCUCCAAGAGAAGAAAGUUCGUCGCCGACGGUGUCUUCUACGCCGAGCUCAACGAGUUCUUCCAACGCGAGCUUGCUGAGGAGGGUUACUCCGGUGUUGAGGUCCGCGUUACCCCUACCGUUACCGACAUCAUCAUCCGCGCCACCCACACCCAAGAUGUCCUCGGCGAGCAGGGCCGCCGCAUCCGCGAGCUCACCUCGCUGAUCCAGAAGCGCUUCAAGUUCCCCGAGAACUCUGUCUCGCUCUACGCCGCCAAGGUCCAGAACCGUGGUCUCUCCGCUGUCGCCCAGUGCGAGUCCCUCAGAUACAAGCUCCUCAACGGUCUUGCCGUCCGCAGAGCAUGCUACGGUGUCCUCCGUUUCAUCAUGGAGUCUGGUGCCAAGGGUUGCGAGGUUGUCGUUUCCGGCAAGCUGCGCGCCGCCCGUGCCAAGUCCAUGAAGUUCACUGUAUGUCCUUCUGUGUCAAUAGCGCGACAUGCCUCGAUACUAACAGUUCUCUUCAGGNACGGCUUCAUGAUCCACUCCGGUCAGCCCGCCAAGGACUUCAUCGACUCUGCCACUCGCCACGUCCUCCUCCGCCAGGGUGUUCUCGGCAUCAAGGUCAAGAUCAUGCGCGGUGCCGACCCCGAGGGCAAGGCUGGUCCCCAGAAGGCCCUCCCCGACUCGGUCACCAUCAUCGAGCCCAAGGAGGAGCAGAGCGUCGUCCAGCCCAUGUCCCAGGACUACGGUGCCAAGGCCGCCGCUGCCCAGCAGGCCGCCGAGGCCCAGCGUGCUGCUGAGCAGGGUGAGCAGCAGGGCGAGCAGCCCGCUGCCGAGCAGCAGCAGGAGCAGCAAUAA